UGUUCAGAUUUCACUUCAAAUAUGUGAAAUCUCUUUCUGUCCCUGUUCUCCAGGUGUGUUUGGUGAUUCAGUGUCAGUGAUGGAGGGAGAUUCUGUCACUCUAAACACUGAUCUUACUGAAAUAUGUGAAGACGACGACAUACUGUGGAAAUAUGGAGCUGAAAACUCUCUAAUAGCUGAAAUCAAUAAAGAGAAACAAACCUUCCCUGAUGGGAGAUUCAGAGACAGACUGAAGCUGGACGAUCAAACUGGAUCUCUGACCAUCACAAACACCAGAACUGAACACACUGGACACUAUGAACUAGAGAUAAAUGGACCCAGGUGGUCAUCAAAAACAUUCAGUGUUUCUGUCUAUGCUUGUCUGCCCAUUCCUGUCAUUAUCAGAGAUUAUUCACAAAAUCUUUCAUCACCAUCAAGCCAGAACUGUUCAUUGGUGUGUUCAGCUGUGAAUGUGAGUCAUGUGACUCUCUCCUGGUACAAAGGAAACAGUUUAUUGUCCAGCAUCAGUGUGUCUGAUCUCAGCAUCAGUCUCUCUCUACCUCUGGAGGUGGAAUAUCAGGAUAAAAACACCUACAGCUGUGUGCUGAACAAUCCCAUCAGCCACCAGAUCAAACAUCUCAACAUUACCCAAGUCUGCCAGAUUCACUCAGAUCAGCGUCUACCUUUAUUUAACAUAGUGCUGAUCUCUGCUGCUGCUGGAUCUCUGGUGAUUGUAGCUGUGGUUGGGAUCUGCUGCAUCUGCAGGAAAUACAGAAAAUCAGUUCAGACACAGGAAGACAGAACUCAUUCAGCGCUGUGUGAACCAAUAACACGACAAAAGAAAUCAAAGACGGAGGCUGUGUACGAAAACGUCCCCAAAAAGCGAUGAUCAAAUAAUGUCUCUAUUCAGAUUUAUUCUCUGACAGGAUGACAUUUUUUAUAUAUAUUUUAUUAUAUAUCAUACAUAAUUGACACUGUAUCAUGUAGUUCUGUAUAGUUUCAUCGUGUUUUGUGGCCUCCAGGACAUACAAUGUCAUCCUGUCUUGUCAUCUCAUCAGCUACGUCUGGGUUUCAGAUCUCCUGGCUCCACUAUUGGUUGUUAGGAGUAUUGGCUCCUCCCUUGCCCCUCCCACCAUUGUUUGUGAUUUCCUCCUGACACCAAACUG